AUGGGUUUAUCUGCUCGUAGUGUUGGGGUGUUUAUUCUUUUGCUUGUGUUUGUUGUUGAGUCUGUUGUAUUGGCUGAAGUUAAUAAGGGAGAUGAAGAUGAGAAGUUCUUGUUUAGGCAUCGUCGUUUUGGGGAUCGUAUUGGUGGGGGUUUAGGACAUGGGAUUUAUAGUAAAGGGUUUAGACAUGGUGGAGGUCUUGGCCUUGGUGGAGGUGGAGGUCUUGGUGGUGGUGGUGGUCUUGGCGGAGGAGCUGGNGGUGGUUUUGGUGCAGGUGGAGGUGCUGGAGGUGGUAUUGGUGGUGGUGCCGGUGGUGGUGGAGGAUUUGGUGGAGGAGGAGGUGGUGGCAUUGGUGGUGGUGGAGGUGCAGGAGGAGGGUUUGGAGCAGGUGGAGGCUUUGGAGCCGGUGCUGGUGCCGGUAUAGGAGGUGGCGGCGGUGGCGGCUUUGGUGGUGGAGGAGGCAUUGGCGGUGGUCUUCAUUGA